AUGGAUCAAGAUGAUUCUUGUCGAGGUCGUGGAAGAAAUAAAUACUUUUGGACAGAAGAUGAAGUGCAGAUAUUGAUACAAGUUCUUCAAAGUAUGGCUUGUGAUCCGUCGUGGAAAACUGAUAGCGGUUUUAAGAGUAACUACAUGAGUGAGGUGCUAAAGAGAAUUCUUGACAUAAUGCCUAAUUUCACCAAGAAAGUUACGCCUCAUCUUGAGUCAAAAAUCAAAUGGCUAAAGUCAAAAUUCCAUUGUAUCAUUGACAUGCUGAGAGAGAGCGGUUGUCAAUGGAAUGAUGUGGAGCAAAAAAUAGCAUGUGAAAAGCAAUGGUUCGAUAGCUAUUGUCAGACUCAUAAGGAAGCAAAUGGAAUGUGGGAUUUUAAAUUCCCAUACUUGAAUCAACUUGAAUUGGUAUAUGGAAGAGAUAGAGCUACUGGAACAGAGCUCACAUUGUUGUUCUCUUCUUCAGCUGAGAAAUCAGUUUCACAAGAGUUUUGA